CAUACAACACUUGACAUCCAUUUCCACAUACAACCAAAAAAGAAUAAAAAAAGAAAAAAAACCAGUUGGCAAAAUAUAUAAAAGCCAGCGAAGGCAGCCAUUUUACAGAGAUUCAAUUUUAGAUCAAAAAAGAAAAGAAAAAGAAACGAAAAGAAAGGAAAAUGGGGAGUAUAAUGAAGGCAGUAAUAAAGAAUCCAGAUGAUUUCUUUCCAUUAUUGAAGUUGAAAAUCGCAUCAAAGAAAGCCGAGAAACAGAUCCCAACGGAACCGCACUGGGGUUUUUGUUACUCUAUGCUGAUUAAGGUUUCUAGAAGCUUCGCUCUCGUUAUUCAACAACUCAAUCCCCAACUUCGUGACGCUGUGUGCAUUUUUUACCUGGUUCUUCGUGCUCUUGACACCGUUGAGGAUGAUACAAGCAUACCUGCUGAUAUUAAAGUACCUAUUCUGAAGGCCUUUCAUCAACAUAUCUAUGAUCGAGACUGGCACUUUGCAUGCGGUACAAAGGAAUACAAGGUUCUCAUGGACCAGUUCCACCAUGUCUCUACUGCCUUUCUAGAGCUUAAGAAAGAUUAUCAGGAGGCAAUAGAGGAUAUAACCAUGAGGAUGGGUGCAGGGAUGGCGAAGUUUAUAUGUAAAGAGGUUGAGACAACUGAUGAUUAUGAUGAAUAUUGUCACUAUGUUGCGGGGCUUGUUGGAUUAGGGUUGUCAAAGCUCUUCCAUGCUUCGGGCACAGAGAAGUUGUUUCCAGAUUCCAUCUCCAAUUCAAUGGGUUUAUUUCUCCAGAAAACAAACAUUAUCAGAGAUUAUCUGGAGGAUAUAAAUGAGAUACCCAAGUCACGCAUGUUUUGGCCUCGUGAGAUCUGGAGUAAAUAUGUGAAUAAACUAGAGGACCUGAAGUAUGAAGAGAACUCCGAGAAGGCCGUUCAGUGUCUGAAUGAUAUGGUGACAAAUGCAUUAAUCCACAUUGAAGACUGUUUGGAGUAUAUGUGUCAGUUGCGUGAUCCAGCCAUCUUCAAAUUUUGUGCUAUACCUCAGAUUAUGGCAAUCGGAACACUAGCUUUAUGCUACAACAAUGUUGAAGUGUUCAGAGGUGUUGUGAAAAUGAGACGUGGUCUUACAGCAAAAGUAAUUGAUCGGACUAAAACAAUGGGAGAUGUGUACCAGGCUUUUUAUGAUUUUUCUUCUAUUCUCAAGUCCAAGGUCGACAUGCAUGAUCCUAAUGCCAAAACAACAAUCACCAGGAUAGAAGCAGCUCAGAAGAUCUGCAUGGACUCGGGCACCUUUAGUAACAGGAAAUCUUACAUAGUUAAGAACGAGCCAAGCUACAGUCCAGCUCUAAUUGCUCUGCUUUUCAUCAUAAUGGCCAUCAUUUUUGCAUAUCUUUCUGCUAAUCGACCCAAUAAAAUCAAAGUCACUUUGUAAGAAUCUUGUGAUGACCUAGAGCGGGAAUAAACCAAGUAAUGAAAUGUAAAAGGUAAUGCUAUUGUAUGAUGCUUCUUAUCUCUAUGUAUGUGUUAUGGUUAGUAUCACUUGGUGGUAGAAUAUUGUUGUAUAUGAAAGUUGCCAUCGCUGUAAAUCUCAUUUGAGAUUUAUUAUGUGGAAUAUGAACACAAAUUUGAACACUUA